AUGGGGCUCUCAUCUCUCACCCGCGCGGUCGCAGCUAUUGCUGCUGUUGCCCUCACAAUCACGACCUCCGUCAACGCGAUCCCUACCUGGCCUGAUAGCAGUAGCAGCACCAACCGCAACUUCCAGUGCCAGAACCUCACCAUCCCAGUGACAAUCAGCGCACGCAAUGCCAUCUUCGACGUCGCAACCCCGGAGACAAACAUCGAAGUCACCAACUUCAUUCUCAACCUCGCGCAACAAGGCCACAACUACAGCCACACGAUACUUAAGGAGUACGCAGAUGUGUCUGGCGACUACACCCUGGCCGCGACAUACUGCGCACCCUUGAACGGAAAUUCCAAAACGCUGCAGAUCCUCACCCACGGCGUUGGUUUCGACCGCUCAUACUGGGACAUCCCACUCAACGACUUCAACUACUCGUACGUCGCCAGCGCCGUCGGCGAGCACGGCUUCUCCACACUGUCCUGGGACCGACUGGGCAUCGGCGCCUCGACGCAUGGCGAGCCCGUCAACGAGAUCCAAGCAACGCUCGAAAUCGCCGCGCUGAAGGAACUGACCAGACUCGCGCGCGCGCAGCAGAUCCCCGGCCUGGCCCUCCCGUCAUUCGAGAAAUACGUGCACGUCGGGCACUCGUUCGGGUCGAUCCAGAGCUUCGAGCUGGCGCGCGAGUCGCCCGACCUCUCGGACGGCCUGAUCCUCACCGGCUUCGGACUCAACGGGUCCUUUCUGCCCUUCUUCCAGUUCGGCGGCAACUGGGUGUCGGCGACGAGCAUCCCAGCCCUCGCCUCGCAGUACGCCGCCGGCUACUUCGGCGCAGGCAACCCGUCCGCCGUUCAGACGAAUUUCUUCUCGCCGGGCCAAUUCUCCGCCUCUGCACUAGACCUCGCCGCCGGCGCACUCGGCCAGCCCGUCACGGUCGGCGAGCUGCUCACCAUCGCCUCCGCCAUCGGCGGCGUCAGCCAAUUUUCCGGCCCCGUCCUCGUCAUCACCGGCGAGCGCGACCUGCCCUUCUGCGGCGGUGACUGUCUCGCCACCGGCGACCCCGCCGUCGCGAGUAUCCCCGCGGGCGUCGCGGCGUUCGUGCCCAGUUCUCGCAGCUACGAGACUUUCAUCGUCCCCAAGGCUGGCCAUGGUUUGAACUUCGAAUACUCGGCCCAGACCACGUACCAGCAUAUUGCGCGGUUUUUGGAGGCGAAUGGUUUCGCGUGA